GUGCGCAAGCGCUGUAGAGACAGCAGUGAAAUCUCGCGAGGUUUGGAGCUAUAAGCCCGUGCGGCGCGGGGUGGGAAGCCCCUUUCGGCUGCUGGCUGCCCAAGAUGGCGCCCAAGGCGAAGAAGGAGGCCGUGCCGCCCAAGACUGAGGCCAAGGCGAAGGCGCUGAAGGCCAAGAAGGCCGUUCUGAAGGGAGUCCACAGCCACAAGAAGAAGAAGAUCCGCACAUCGCCCACCUUCAGGAGGCCCAAGACUCUGCGACUGCGGAGGCAGCCCAAAUACCCCCGGAAAAGUGCCCCGAGGAGGAACAAGCUUGACCAUUAUGCCAUUAUCAAGUUCCCUUUGACCACAGAAUCGGCAAUGAAGAAGAUAGAGGAUAACAAUACUUUGGUUUUCAUCGUCGAUGUCAAGGCAAACAAGCACCAGAUCAAACAGGCAGUCAAGAAGCUGUAUGAUAUCGAUGUGGCCAAGGUCAAUACCUUGAUAAGGCCUGAUGGGGAGAAGAAGGCUUAUGUCCGACUGGCUCCUGACUACGAUGCGCUGGAUGUAGCCAACAAGAUUGGAAUCAUCUAAUCUGCAUCUACCAAGGACUGUACAGACAGGAUAAUAAACCCUAUAAAACCACU